UUAUAAUUUAUCUCCGGGGACUGCAAAAGAGAAACUACUAAUAUGCGAGGGGGUUGGGGGGUCUGGUUACACUCCAUAGCCAGAAUUUGAGAGACCUCAUUCCCAAAUGAACAAAAAUGCUAAGGGCAACCAUGUCAAUACUCCCUCUUCCUCUUCCUCUUCCCCUUCAAUCUUCACAAUCUCUCAAACACUUAUUCUCCCUUUACCCUUUCAAGAAACCCCUUAUCCAUAUUUUCUCUAAGCCAAGAAAGAUUACAACUACUCCAACACAACUGUUUUCACUGAAACCCCUUUCAGUUUCAUCACCAAUAAACAACUAUGUGGAUGAAAAAAUUGACCCUACAUACUUAUCUUGCUGUAUGCCUCACAAGAAUCCUCUUAAAGUGGCUGUUUUGGUUAGUGGUGGUGUUGAUAGUAGUGUGGCACUAAGGUUACUUCAUGCUGCUGGACAUUCUUGUACUGCUUUCUAUCUCAAGAUCUGGUUUCAAGAAGACUUUGAGAACUUUUGGUCUGAAUGCCCAUGGGAGGAUGACUUGAGAUAUGCUAAGGCUGUUUGUGAUCAGGUUGAUAUACCAUUGGAAGUUGUUCAUUUGACUGAUGAAUAUUGGAAAAAUGUGGUGUCAUAUAUCAUUGAGGAGUACAAAUGCGGCAGGACUCCAAAUCCAGAUGUCCUUUGUAAUACUAGAAUAAAAUUUGGUGCUUUUAUGGAUGCCAUUGGCGGAAUGGAAUUUGACUUUGUUGCUUCGGGACAUUAUGCAAGGAUUGUCCACGCAUCUACUACGCAGCUGGAUGAACCUUCUAUUUUGGAAUUGUCAAAAGAUAUGGAUUACAAGGAUGUCUUCCCAAAGGAAUUACCGCAAGGAUUACCCCCACUUCGGGGAAUUGAGCACCAAAUAGAUUUUGUGCCGGGUUCACAAUUGCCUAACAAACCGGCUUAUAGGAGCAACCCGAUGGAUACCAAGGAAUUGCAAUGCCAAGUUGAGGAACUCCACAACAAAGGGUAUAUCAAGGAGAGUAUGAGCCCUUGUGCGCUCCCGGUGCUACUAGUUCCCAAGAAAGAUGGGACUUGGUGUAUGUGCGUUGAUUGUCGAGCCAUCAACAAGAUAACGGUGAAGGACCAAACCUACUUCCUUUCUCAUCUCUCACAGGCUCAGCUUAAACGACUUAUUUUCCCACUUGGAUGUAUCCAAAAGGAUGAAGUUCGCAUGCUUGCCAAGUCAUUUAAUCUUCCAAACCAAGACAGAAAGGAUUCACAAGGAAUAUGUUUUCUUGGCAAGAUAAAAUUCAGUGAAUUUGUUGCUAGACACAUUGGAGAAUCAGAAGGUGUUAUAUUGGAAGCAGAGAGUGGAGACUAUCUUGGAAACCACCGUGGCUUUUGGUUCUAUACUAUUGGCCAACGCCAAGGUUUACGUCUUCCUGGAGGGCCCUGGUAUGUUGUGGAGAAGGAUAUUAGAAAUAAUGUUGUCUAUGUAUCAAGAAACUAUUUCUCCGUUGACAAGAAAAGACGGUUAUUUCGCGUUGGAUCCUUGAAAUGGCUCAGUGGUCUACUUCCCAGGCAAAUCAGUGAGCUUCAAUGCAAGGUUCGUCAUGGUCCUGGUUUUUACAAUUGUAGCUUGGUCGUGGAAGUUGAUGAACAUGGCCGGGAAGUUGCAGUUGUCCGGUUAUCUGAAGAUGAUCAAGGUUUGGCAGCUGGACAGUUUGCUGCCUUUUACGAUAGAAGGAUUUGUAUUGGUUCUGGCAUAAUACUGGAGUCAUGGGAUGAUCAGGGAUAUCCUAUUUGUGCGAGGGCUCUUGAAAUUGCUCGAAUGGAAGAUAAAUCUAAGCUCGGGAAGCCAGUCAAGAUAAUGGUAAAACCAGAGCCUAUUGUUUCUACAAUCUGAUUAAUGAUUAUGACUACCAGGCAAAUCUUUAUGUGGAACUGCUACUUCUAGAAUUGUUUUCAACAUUAGAGCUUUCUCAACAGUGAGAUUUCGCCCGAUUUAGUAUCCCGUUAAAUUGGCUGCCAUAGCUUGAAGAAAGCAGUGACAUUGUUUUAACCUUUAGGUUCAAUACUAGUGAAUCUACCUUCUCAAGGGUCUGAGUGCAAUCUACCCUCAAACCCCACCUGUGUGAUUACACUAGGUUUGUUGUUAUCAGGAAGGGUAGUGAAUUUUGCGCCUGGGACUGGACUGGUUGGUUGAUCUUCAAUUAUAGAAGAACUAGUGUUAUAGAUGGACCAAUUGAUCCUUCUUUGGUUUACAGAGAGAAAAGCACAGUGGUGUUAAAAUAAAGCUAGUGUUCUUUCUAAAUUUGUAGUAAUAGUUUAAGCCUUGCAGUCAAACUUUGUAUAUUUCCCAAUUCCCAUUAGCAUCGUCUUUCUAUUUUUAAUUAAUGCUAUUGUUACGUGAACACUAAUUUUUGUAAUAGUUUAAUUAAUGUUAUUGUUCAUCUUUCUUUCUCUCA